UAAAGAGUCUUACUUCAUCUUCCUCCUCCUCUCCCUCCUUCUCCAGGACGAGACUAAAAGCCUCUUUAAUGGUGAGGGGACCCAUCUCCAAGAAUAAACAGUAAUCCUCAUUUAUUGUCCUUACAAAUUUUCUUGAAUACGGAAAAAGAUCCUUUUUUUUUAAUUAGAAGGAUAGAGGAAGUGACAAGGGUCCCUUUGCAAAAGAUCUUCAACCUCAAUCAUGUUUUAGCCCUUUUUCUUUUGUAUGUGGAAACAAAAAUUUGCGGUUUUUUUAACUCUUAAAAAAAAGUUCAUCAGUCCAUGACAAAGCUCAGUGCUUGAUUGGCUCCACUGACUCCAUAAAGAAAAAGUUUGCAUUUUUUUCUGUCCCAUUUCAACCUCAAAGCUCAGUGGUAAGCAAAUCUCUGAUAGAUAAGUCUUUACAAGCGCAUAUAUACAUGUACAUAUUACAUUAUUACACUAAAGGAAGUUUUUUUUAGUGAAGAAACUGAAAAUCUCAGUUUAGGGUUUAGAGUAGGGAUUAAAAAGGAAACCCAGAAAGUAAAACUGACAGUUUUGUAUUCUGAAGAUGUAAUUUUCGGACACGACUUCAAGAAUCCUCUGUUUUUUUUGUUUAUGUUGGUAUUUUCAUAUUUUGUCUAAAAGAUCAGGGUUUCUGUGUGUGUUUCAGGUUAUUGGGAAUCAUUUUUUUUUACUAGAUUGAAGUUGAAGACAUGAUUUUUGAAUGAUUUGAGUUAUUUGAUAAUCAAUGGAGAAAAGGAGAUCACCAAGAAGCAGCAAGAGUCCUGGAACUCCAAUUUUCCCUAAAAGCCCUCUUGUCUACGAGAGUUACAAGUCUGGUUGUGGUUGGAAAUUGAUUAACUUCUUCGAUUUUAGACAUGUUAAAUCUGGUAAUAAGAGACUGAGUUCACAGAAGAAACCCAUCAGAGACUCUGCUGGGAAUGUUUAUACGAAAAGCCAGCUUGACUUGCUCAAGAGACUUCAUGAGAGAUGUCAGUGUCAUGAUCGGAUUGUGGAAGGAGAGAACUCAUGUAAGCCUAAAACGAGGAGAAGAUCCUUUAGUUCUGAAAGAGAAGACGAGAGCUAUGAAUCAAAACCUGUUCAGGGUUUACUAGAGAGAGAGAUAAAGAGGAUCAAGAAUGCAAAGGAGGAAACUUCUUUGAGUGAAGUUGAGAAGACAGUUGAGAAGGCUAAGCAAAUGGAUCUGAAGAAUGGGAGAGAUUGUAAAAAGAAGAGCUCAGAGAUUAACCUUCAAGUUUGUGUGAAUGAAGCUGCUGAAACAUUGAUCAGUUCCAAGGCAGAGGAGAAAGGGAAAGAGCGGUCUAAGCAGUUCAUGGAAGCAUUAGAUAUUCUAAGUUCCAACAAAGAGUUGUUCAUUACACUCUUACAAGAUCCUAACUCAUUCUCAGCCAAAAAAGGUCAAGACUUAGAGAGACCUCAUGUGAAGGAACGGCGUGAUAAAUCUCCUUCAAUUAUAGCUGAUGAUUUGGAUAAUAUUGUUCUCUUGAAGCCUAGACUAUCAAGCUCGGUUGACGAUAGAAAGUACUUGAGAUUCAAACAUCUAACCAAGAAGUUGAAGCUUGUUGUUGGAUCUAACAAAGACACCGAGGCUGCUGGCGAUGUUUCUACCAGUUCAGUUGGCUAUAGAAGCCCGGAGUCACCAGUGUUUAGGCGCAAGAAACGAGUUGAGUCUGAUGUCUUCAAGCUAAGCAUUGAGAAGGAUGUUUCGCCAAGGAGGUUCACAGUGGAAAGGCAACAGGAGAGAUCAGAUUCUUCACCGGUUUAUGAAGUUCCUAAAGCACUGAGUAGCUUACAGACAAAACUCAAAGAGAGAAGACAGAGGCUGGAGAAGAGAAGAGAGAGCUUCAAGUUGUGGUCCUUGGACAAGGAGGACUUGGAGGUUUUCGAUCCAAACACAAGCCUGAGAACUCCUGUAGAAGACGGACUAGAGGAAGAUAGUGGAGUCAGUUCUGUAAGUUCUGUAAGAAACCAUAGAUGUCUCCUCUCUGAUUCUAGUGUAAAAAGACAGGAACAGGAGCAACCGAGUCCUGUCUCUGUACUAGAGAGGAUUCAUAUGUUAGACGAAACAGUUGGCCCCAGAAACAGUUAUCUCACUAUUUCUUUACUUUCAUGCGCAGAAGAGCAGAUUGGAUUGUUAUCUUUUGAUCUUCUCGAGAAAGACUCUGUUCAUGAGUUUGUGAAGCAACUUCUCCAAGCUUCAAGACUGAACUGGACCAAUCUUAUGGCGAGAUGCAACGAAGAAACAUCACUGCUAGACGAAUUCUCGCACGGCAAUCACAACAACGACCAGCUUCUUCUUGUUCUUGACUACACAGACGAGAUUCUCCGAGAGAUUUACCGUCAAGAUAUCAAGUUUUGGCCUUUCAAGCCGUCUCAGAGCUCGAGAGUGGUCAAUGUACCAGCUUCCUUUAGAGAGGAAGAUCUGAUACACGAGACGUUGAGACGUUUUGACUGGAGUUUACUCUGCUGUGACACUCCAAAAGCAUUGGAUCAGGUCGUUGAGGCUGAUCUGAUAAAGCCAUCAUGUCUUUGGUUGGAUUGUGGUGGUGAAGCUGAAGGUGUUGUCUCUGAUGUCGUUGAAAAUAUUAUGCAAGGGUUGGUGCUUGAGAUAUCUCAUGAGCUAAGAACAAUGCAGAUUAGGUGUAUGGAUUAAUCUGGUAUCUCUAUGGACUAUUCAACAUUUUUUUUGCUAUGUAUAUAAAAUAAUUUCAGUUUGAGAAUAUAAUCUUCAUAAUUA